GUUAGGGGUGAAUCCCUGCUAACUCCGCCCGCGUGAAUCAACGGAACGUCGACCUUGUACUGAUUUCGAGCAAACCUAGGCUGGCUCCUAUUUCCUUCGUGUAGCCUACAACAAUUUGACAGGAAUGGCAGACGAGGUUCUGUUUGAAUUUCUCCAUUUGGAGAUCGUGUCCCAUGUUUACAAGGAGCAGCAAUCCAGUAAAGGGGAGAUGGAUAACAAGGACAGAGCUGUCUGUGUUUCUGUCCUCGAAGGGAUGGGCUUCAGGGUGGGACAGGGACUCAUUGAGAGGUUGACCAGGGACUCUCCCAGCUUUAAGGAUGAGUUGGACAUAAUGAAGUUUAUCUGCAAAGACUUCUGGACAAAGGUGUUCAGGAGGCAGAUUGACAACCUCAGAACAAACCAUCAGGGUACCUAUGUUCUACAGGACAACAAAUUUGCUCUUUUGACUCAGCUCUCCAGUGGAAAACAGUACCUGGAUCAGGCUCCUAAGUACCUCGCUUUUUCAUGUGGCAUGGUGAGAGGAGCUCUGUCUAACCUUGGUCUGGACAGUGUGGUGACAGCUGAGGUCUCAGUUAUGCCAUCCUGUAAGUUCCAGGUGGUGAUCCAGAAAUUGUGACCUGAUCCUCUUUGCUACCCUGGUGCUGAUGAACGGGGCCCUUUGAGGUUCUGUUAAUCCUAAAGAGAGAAUAACAGUUCCUGACCUCCCACUGAACAGCCCAACCACCUAGGGAAUCAACCACUACCCUGAUUUCCACAGCUGGGGCAAACAGGACUAGCCAGGUUCGGCUGAUAACCCUGUAACCCUGGUAGGGUAAACAGAGUUAGCCAGAGCUUACAUUUUACCUGUGGUUCUAUGAUACUGAACAAGAUUUGUUUUAUUCAUUUUGAUGGAGGUUAUUUCCCACCUGAGCUAAACAAUGUAUUUUGUUCUCAGCUUUAGUUUUAGCUAAAUAAGUGGAGCAUGGCUCUGACUGACACCCUUUGGUCGAGCUUUGAAAAUUAAUACUGACUGUGAGUGGCUGUGAAUACAAUGUGAAUGUAUUGUUAAUGAUAAGGUAAUUUAAUAUUCUUUGUAAUGUGUUGCAACGUUGAGUCAGCCCGAGUGCUUACAAAGAAAUAAUUGGAAAUGGAAAACAAAAAAAACAAAAGAAAAAACGUAAAGCAGAACGAUCAGCAGAACGAUCAGCAGAACGUAGAACAAGACAUCACUUUUGAUUAAAUUUUUCAGA